UCAUUUGCAUUUGUGCACUAAAUCGUGAAGUGGUUGGGCUGUGCGAUCCUGACCUGUGUUUUGUGUAAGCGCUAUUGCAGAUAUUGUUCCUUGCAAUUUCUAUCCUUUGCCUCUGCUCUAAGCUCAGGAAGUUGAAUUAACCGUAUAGAUAAAACUUCUGACAAUGUGUAUGAGGAAUUUCCUAUGUUCUAAUACAUAUCUUACGCGGUUUAUUUGUGUAUUUGAAAUGGCUGUUUCAAUAGUUGUGAUGACAAUAUUAACAAUGGAAUUAAAAGAUGAAGAAAAAGGGCGCGGAAAAAUUUUCAUAUUUUUGGGAAUUGAUAUUGACGAGUUUGACAUAAAUCAUAAUGAAAGAGAUUCAAAUGCAGUAGUAAAUACAGAUAAUUAUAAAUACACUUCCUCCAGACUCAAGCCACUCUAUCCUUUUGUGCUUAUCUGCUAUAUAUAUUCGUGCGUGGAAAUUGUGGCCAAUGCUCUGCUUGUCUGGGGGACCUUAGUGGAGAAGCUGUGGUGUGCUGUACCAUGGUUCAUAUGCAAGACAAUUAAUUUAUCGAUACAGUUUAUUGGUUUUAUACACUACAUCCUGAUGGAGGAUAAACCAGAAAAUCAGGUCCUCGCCACAGCAUUAUUUAACUUCGUUGUUACUCUAAUCUUCUGGUGUACUGUAUAUCAAACGGUACAAAGAUGGAUAAGGCAAGACUCGCAUGAUACUUCAUACACUCGUAUUGUGGCGGAAGCAGAUAAUCUUCAUAAAUUUGAUCCUUCUCAGUUGACACACGUGAACUGUGACAUUCCUCCUUAAAAAGCCACACAUUCUCAGUUGAGCGACCAGGAGUUAUAUAUCAACUGUGACAAUUAUGGUUUACGUCUGAAUCCUAAAAUAAAGUAAAUGAAUCUUGAUUUCUUUCUGUACGUGAAUCAGAUUGUAUGCAGUAUAUAAUCUCUAAUAUUAUUACUGAUCUUUGAUAUAAGUUCUACUUUAUUCAUAGGAAUUCAAGUCAGGUUCAUUCCUUGAUUUGUCUGAUUUCUGUCAAUAACAUAGUUACAAAAUUUUACUUUCUACAGCAAAUAUGUGUAUUUUACUAAGAAGUCAGUGACAUUUAUAGCUGCAGAACUUACUUCAUAUGCAGUUAUUUUUGUACUAAUCUUACUCUACCCAGAAUAUUAUUUUACAUGAAAAAUUGUGCUUUAAAAACAAAUGUGAAUAGAAGACCAAUAAACUAAAGUGUAAUGUCAGGAAAUGCCCAGUCAAUUCUGUCAUCAGUUAUUUAUAAACAAGAACAAAUAUCGAAAUAGAACACUUCUAAAUAAUUUAUUACUUUGAAAAAUCCUUGUACUUUGUGUCUGUAACUCUUGUAUUAUUUUGCUGGGAGAAACAGUAAAUAAAACUCAUUAUGACUAAGAAAAAAUAACUAAUUUUUAAUUACUGUUAAAAGAGUAUGACUUUUGUACUUGAGGUUUAAAUACCAUUAUGUUACAUGUUAACAUGAAUUGUUCCCACACAGCAGGAUAAUAUGAGAAAUUUUCGCAAUGCUAUUGGAGUAUUUAGUAUGUAAGAUUUGAGCAUUUAAUAAUUUUUUUAUU